UCAACAUGUUACAGAGGGUAGGAAACAAUGGAGGAAGCUCAGAGGAUGAAGAGAAUUAAGUAGGUAAAUAAGUAACUGGUUUGACCCAGAGAACAGCAAAGUUUUCACUUAAAGGCCAGUCUUCUAACUGGCUACAGUUAUCACCUGAAUGGUUUUGGGUGUAUGUUCUCAACACACCAUGGAGAAGCUGACUGGUGGUAUAACUUCCCAAACACUCUGGUGUUUUUUUUUUUUUUGUUCUACUUAAAUGGUUAAGGCUGCUGCUGCCUCACUUGUAUUCUCGUCAUCAUCUUCACCAUCUCCAUGGUAGCAGAGCACAACACAGCAUCACGUGGGAUGGGUGACAUAACGUUUCUUUCCAGGCGCCGGAUUGCUUUUUCCCAGAGUAGCACUAUGUACCACAGGCCUGGCCCACUGCUCUGCUUUUGUAUUUCUUCCCAUCUGCGGUUGAGGUAGAACAAACUGAUUGGCCAAUGUCAGCAUUUCAGCAGCAGUCCUUCUGGAAUACUCAUCUAACAGGGCACUGUUUCCAAAAAAGAAAAAAACAAUGCUCUCACCUUAUUUCAAAGUGGCAGGUUUUCCCAUAGUGCUGUUUUCCAUUCUUUUAAAUAAUGUUCUCCACUUUCCUUUCUUUUCUUUUCCUUCCGUUCAGUCCAGCUUUCCCUUGUCUUUUUCCAUUGCAUAAUUGUAGCCACUCUCCGUUGGUCCCUCUCUUCUGGCCAAAAGCUUAAAAGGCUCAGAAAGUCCCACCAUUAUUAUGACUUCAACUUUCCACUUUAUGUGUGUCCUAGCCGAGGGAACAAAGUAUUAUCAUUACAGUUAGCAUUCUUGCAUGAUGUAACCUGCUUCAGUGUGCACUGAGUAGAAAUCCUUAUGCAAGAGUGACAUAAUAUAAGUCUAUUAAAACUGAGAGUUGAUGAUUAUGUGAUACGAUCAAACAGUGGAUCAUAAGAAGCUCCUUAUCAUGUUGUUUCAUUUGGAGAGAAUCCUACACUUCGAUGAACUCCACCAUCCAUCCAUUUUCCUGGCGUUACUGUAGUUUGUUUAUUUUAUUUCCUUUCCCUGAUUUGAAUUAAGGACUUGGCUUGUUUUGCACAUUGCAAUGUUUAUUUUAUCUGCUAACCAGUUGUUUUGUGGAGGAAACAGUGAAAAAAAAAAAGUUUUUCUCUUCUAAACACUGGAUUCAGGCUUUGUUUACAUCACGUUCCAAAUUAAACUAUUGUUAGUUUUCAAUAGCACUUUUAAGGAAAUCUACACAGCAGUAAUUUACAGUUCCCUCCUGUGUUUUUAGAACAAAUUGAUCUGGGGGCCAAAUUCUUAUUAAGGCCACAGAAAAUCUUGGCCCAGCCCCUUCAAAAUUAGCCAGCAGUCAUUUUCCAUUUGUGAUGAGCUGUUAUGGAAAAAGGAGGGACUUGAAUUACCUGAAUAUAACAGUAUUUUUUAAGUUUAAGUUUUUUUUUUUUUUUUUUUUUUUUUUUUAAAGCUUUCUAAUAUCUGUUGCUGAUUUAAAUUCACAUCUUUAGGACUUUAAGGCUAAGUCUGUAAAUUAAGAUUAAUUAGUGGCUUAGCAACAUUGUCAUUCACAGUUACUUGGUCAGCAUCAAAAAAAGAUCUUAAACCAAUGUCAGUUUACUUGCUUUUACUGAAGCUUUGAACCACCUUUCAUUGUCUUGUUUAGUUGAUUUAUUUUGUUCUGUUUUUAAAGAAGAUAAUGAGAUUUCCAUUACUUGUAAAUGAAGUAGAAAAAAUCAGUGGAUCUUUCCUUUUUGUGUGUAUUUUUUUUAUUUUUAGUUGAUUAAAUACCUGUAGUCAUCCAGCAGCAGGUAUAGUGCAUUGCACUCACAAUCUAUAAUUAUAAAUAAUUAUAUAAUUAUACAGCUGUGGUGUAAUUGUGCAAAUUUGUCCAAAUGAAAAUUUAGACACAUAGUAAUAAUGAAAUCACUUUUUUUUUUUUGUAGUUUAGCAUACUGUAAAUGACCCCCAACUGCACAGGUUUAACUGUCUUUUCCUAAAUAGCUUUGUGCACAUCAAUGAGCACUUCCAAGAAUUUCAGGGGUCUUUUAAAAGACAGAGGGGGGUGUGGGCAGGCAGGGCUGGGAUCACUUUUUCAGAUAUAUGGAUUUGGGGGCCACCCAGGCUAGAACAAGUAAUGCAACAUUUAGCUUCAUCAAAGAUGGAGUUUACCUAUAGUAGUCUAAAUAAUGUGAAAUUUAUUAAAAAACAGAAAUGGAUAAAUACAUGAGUAAAACGUACUAAAUGUAACAGAAAAAUUCUAUUUAAAUAGACAUCGGCCAUUGAUGUCUUUGUUUGUUUCCUUAUCCAUUUAUUUCUAUAGGCAUCCUUAUGAUAAGCUAUUGACACUGGGUCAGUCAAUCACAGGCACAUAUGUUUGGUGUUUUCACAUGAUUGGUUGAUCACUGUCAUGGUGCAACUUGAUUGGACUGAGAGUGCUACAAGCAGGAAGAGGUGUACUCCCUUACCUGUCACAUCCAGUCCAGCUGAACACAGGUGUACAGGUGUUCUUACUGAAACAAGUUAUUUACAUAUUUUGGGGAAGUAAACAAUAAAGCAGAGUGUCUACAGGCCUAAACUAUCUUCACAUUUCCACAUGAGCCUGUUCAUGAAGAGUAUGGUGUGUGCGUGUGCGCGCAUGCUUGGGGAAUCCCCGCAGAAAAGGACUUCAGUCUGAUUGGAUGGAAUCAAGUGACGUAGGAUUUCAGGAACAAGGAAGUCCCAGUUACUCAGGCUAGCGCGAAAUUUCGAAGCUGUUAGAGCGAUUAAACGACAUGGCUGAAAAUUACCGUAAGUCCAAACUUAAACGAAAGAAAUCCUCUGUCGAAAAGCUGAAUCUGGAGGUGUCCUCCAGGGACACAGUGAAGACGGGCCGUUUGACAGUGUUCUCCGGUGACAAGACAGCAGACACCGAUGGGUCAGUGGUUCCUGCAGCAGCAUGGUGGAAUAGACAGCCGCUGGCUGCUGUGGAGAGUCUGUGGGCGUUCACACUGAAGUCUGCUCUGCCGUACCUGGAGAACCAGCACUGGGACCUGGUUCCUGAUCUUCCACAUCCAUCUACAGCGAGGCCUACAGCACUAAAGCCAGAUGAACAGCAGUGGUGUGACCUCAAAGAAGAGGUCGCUCCCUUCCCUGAACCCUCAACUUUGUCAAGUCCCGAUCCUGUCAGGCUCAGCUCCUCUGAGCAGGACCUCCCAGCGAAGACCGAACCAGCACCACCCACCUCUGACAGACAGCUGUCCUCUCACAGCAGGCAAAGUCAUGAUGGAAAAACAGCGUCUCUUCAAGCCCUCACCAAAAGACGACGGCCGUCCCUCCACAGCUGGGAGGAGGCGGUAUCAUCAGCAGGAUGCUCAAGAGCCAGAGGAGAAGAGGGGAUGAAAGGAGGAGAGGAAGAAGAAGAGGCUGGACCAGUCAACAGAAAGCAUCUCACAGACCAGGUGAAGGUUUCUGACAGUCGAGUGUCUCUGCAGAAGGAGGGUGGAAAUAAAGAGGAGGUGGUGAAGGAUAAAGAGGAAGAGGAGGUACAGGGGAGUGUCAGAGGAGAUGGACGAGUAGCAGGAGGAGGAGAAAGAAGGCUGCAGAGCUGUCCCAUGUGCCUUCUGGUGUUUCCUGUGGGGUUCACCCAGAUGGACUGUGACGGCCACCUGGCCCAGUGUCUGUCGGAGAUGAAUGUGGACAUGACCUGGUGAGUCCACAGGAUGCUGCGUUGGCUGCUGUCCAGGAGCUGCAAGCGGCCCAGAUGCCCCACACUCUCCAGGAUCAUACUGUAUGGAGGACACACCCAGAGAGCAGCUCGUACAGUGAGGAUCAUUUACACUGGCUGUCCACUGAGAGAGGCCCUGGUGGUGGGAAGAACAUUCCUGUUAGGGAAGAGGGUUAGUUUUGAGCUUUGAGAAUUUUACACGCGGCGUAUUCUGAAAGCUCUAGUCACAAUGACUCUGAUGACUCCUCUCAGACGACCCUGCUGUCGUUUCAAAUUACCCUCUUUAGACACUAGAUCCCAAGUCUGGCUCCACUCGAGUCCAUCCACUUGGCCGCAGGCGCCUUUGAUUCCAGCUGGUCGAGAGGAUCUCCAAACUGAGAUGACAGACGAACUUGCCUCCUCCUCUGGCAGAUGAAAGACCAAACUUGAACCAGUGCACAUCCUCCUCACAGAGCUGCUUUGAUAAAAAUCUAUUACACUGAUUGAUAGAGGAUUAUUAUUUUCUUAGAAUUGGAAAGCUGCACAGAAAUAACAACUGACUCAUUUUAAACCUAAAAGGUUACACAACCUGCCUUGUGUUUGUGUGCAGAUAAUAAGAAUAUAAUAAUAAAUGUUAAUCAGGGAGCUUUAGAGAUGCCGUUCCAGUCAUUAUGCUAAGCUAGGCUAACCAUGAGAUUGAUAUUGACCUUCACAUGUUCAUAUGUUGCACGUUUGAAUUACUUGAAAUGCAUUAAAAACCAUUUGAACUAACA